AUGACGGAUGCACAUGACACAGACGAAUUACACAAUCAUUUACGAUCACUUGUUUUUGAUCAGAAACAUAUGACAGGUCGAGGAUUACGACUUUUACGUGAACAAACGGGUUUGGACGAGUUCAGUUUGGCAAUUUUCAUUUGUGUCAUCACAUCCGUAUAUUUAAUGAUAGGAGAAGAUGCUCAAAUGUUGGCAAAUGCUAUCCUUACGGUGACGCCAAUCUUACUUACUUACGUUUUUCCAGCCGAAAAACCGCCUACACCGCAACUUCUUAUAUACUGGAGUGCAUUUGGCCUAUUAACCUUAUUAGAUUCUAAUUUUGAAUCAGAAAGUGGUUACUACUUUAUCAAAGUAGUUCUGCUUGCACUUCUUUUUUUGCAUCCAUUCGAUGGCGCUGAUCGAAUUCUUUGGCACAUUCGACUAGCUCAUAGCGAUGAAGUUAAAGAUGAGCGAGGUAUAAUUCCAUUUACCAAAGAAGAAUUAUCGGAAAUGUUGCACAGAAGUAAGGAUAGACGAUCAUUACCACCCGGAACACCCGAAACGAUGAAAUUAAACAGUGCAUCAUCUUAUGCGCUACGGAGUGAUUACUCUUCAUCGUAUGAUAGCGUUCCAGAAGACAAGAAUCCAAUGUUAUUUAACACCGAGUUCAGAAUCCAAGAUCAAGAGGGCACAAGUGCGGAGGGUUUAAGCAUAAAUUACAGCCCACAUGAUUUAGCAUUUGAACCAUCAAAAUAUUUGAUUUUUAAUGCUCCUUAUGAUUUCGAUAAUUUAACAUAUCUUAUACGUAUACGUAAUACGUCAACGAAACAUAUUGCAUAUGCUAUUAAAAGCAAUGCUAUACCCCGCGUUUUUGCAACGCCACCAUGCGGAAUUUUACCACCGAAACAAAAAUGCGAUAUUGCAGUUACCGUUAAGAAGAUGGAUAAAUUUGUCGAACAAUUAGUUCAAAAUGACCGACUCGCAUUUGACUAUGUAUUUUGUUCACCUGAAACAAAGCAAUUUAAAUUCAAAUUAUUACAGAGUGAGAUGCGACGAAGGAAGAACAUUUACAUAAAAUAUAACCCAUAA